AUGCCUCGUCCUGCCCCCAAACGAAGUCGUACAGUGGGAAAGAGUCAGCCCAAAACCACCGCGAUAGAAGACUCACAAGAAAAUGACUUCAAUAUCGCCAAAUCACCUGCGCAACCGGAGCGCGGCUCAGCCUUGGAUCCGAGACAGGCACUACACAGUCAAACACCCUUGGACAAACGUCAUGAACAAGCAAUUGAAUCUUCACCUAUGGGGGACCGACCGGGCACCGGCAGUCGACCUGGAACCGGCAGUCGUCCCCCUACCAGAUCGCGUGGUUAUUCUUCUACACUAUCAUUCGCCGGACGCAAAGGCGAGACAAGCUCCCGGGUUCCUGGGACGCCUGGAUUCGAUAACUCGGUUUUAAGCAACUUUAGACGGCGGCCGCGACAGCAAAGCAUUCUGCAGAUGAUGCAAGCCGACGAUGGCUCUUCCGAUCUAGACGAUGAUGACUUCCUUGGCGGACUGAGCCCCAAUGAUGAAUCGACACCACUUAAUCUCUCCCGGGCGAAAUCACUACUUAUUAACCCAACCGACAAGUCACCAUCCCCGUCACCAUCCGAAUCACCGCCCUCGUCUGGCGGGUCACGCAAGCGCAGGCGCAUGACCGAAGAGAUCCAAGUACCACAGUCGUCUGUUGAUAUGGUAGAAGAUAGCCCAACUGCGACACCGAUUCAACGCGAUGAUUUUCGACAUGACGAUGGAGACCAACUUCCUGGAGAUGAGGUUGAACCCGAAGACGAGGAACACGGAGAUCAGGAUUUUGAAGUUGAAAGAAUCGAGGCGACGCCACAAUCCCAACUAUUCCCAGAAAUAUUCAGUCAAACGAUGUUACCACCGGCCAGCAGCCCUGCUGGCUCCGCUGCACCUGGUGACUCCACACCGCGACCUGUCCAGAGAAAAAAGCCCAAAGCCCCGAGUCAUCUAUCGACAGCAAACCUACAAGACAAGCUUUUACCACGUCGCCGGCGCAGACUCCGCGCCACCAAUGAUCACAGCGACGAAAGUGAUGAUCAGCAUGACGCCGCAUCUAGUGACGAGGACGAGUUGAACUACCCAUCACAAAGAUCAUCUGGGCGACGCGGGAAAAGCAAGCCCAAGCCAUUAGCCAACGCCCGCAAUCCGAAGCAAAAGACGAUUACAGAGAAAAAAAGUAAGGAUAAAUCGUCCAAAGAACCAGCUACGUACUCACGUUCUCAAGUGAGCGUGCUCGGCAAAGAAAACGAAACGCUGUCAUCACCAUCCUCUUCUCCAUUGUCAUCCCCACCUGAGUCCGAUGUCUCUGAUUCCGAGUCUGAGCCAAAGAGCACUCGUUGCGUGAGUGAUGAGUUGCGCGCAGCAGUCAAAAAGUUUGCAGAGGUGGAUCAAUGGGAAAUGGAAUUCGAAGAUGUAUCUUCAGAAAGCUAG